GCCCCUAAUCACAGAAAUCCUGCAAGACAGGCGGGAUUUAAUCCUGAUUUUUUGGGAGGGAUGGGAGGAAAAGGAGCUCUGCUCCUUUAAGCUUGGAGAAACUUCUUUAAAUUCAGGUGGAGUCAGGAUUUCCUGGGCUAUAAAGUUGCAGGGAGAGGCAGAGGCAGCAGCUGCUUUGCUCAGAUCUUACCCAGCCUCACCAUGAGGGAGUGCAUUUCCAUCCACAUCGGGCAGGCCGGAGUGCAGAUGGGCAACGCCUGCUGGGAGCUCUACUGCCUGGAGCACGGCAUCCAGGCCGACGGGACCAUUCCCAGCUCCAAGCAGGCGAAAUCCGCGGAUCCCAACUCCGAGCAAGUGGAUUCCUCCUUCGAGACCUUCUUCUGCGAGACGGCGUCUGGCAAACACGUGCCCCGGGCCGUGUUCAUAGACCUGGAGCCCACUGUCAUUGAUGAGAUCAGGACGGGGCCCUACCACGGGCUCUUCCACCCGGAGCAGCUCAUCAGCGGCAAGGAGGAUGCUGCCAACAACUACGCCCGCGGCCACUACACCAUCGGCAAGGAGAUCAUCGACACCGUGCUCAGCAGGAUCCGAAAGAUGGCCGACCAGUGCAGUGGGCUCCAAGGCUUCCUGGUCUUCCACAGCUUCGGAGGAGGCACCGGCUCCGGCUUCACGUCGCUCCUGAUGGAGCGGCUCUCCGUGGAGUACAGCAAGAAAUCCAAGCUGGAAUUCUCGGUGUACCCGGCGCCGCAGGUGUCCACGGCCGUGGUGGAGCCCUACAACUCCAUCCUGACCACGCACACCACGCUGGAGCACUCGGACUGCUCCUUCAUGGUGGACAACGAGGCCAUCUACGACAUCUGCCACCGCAACCUGGACAUCGAGCGCCCCACCUACACCAACCUGAACCGCCUGAUCGGGCAGAUCGUGUCGUCCGUCACGGCCUCGCUGCGCUUCAACGGCGCCCUCAACGUCGACCUCAUCGAGUUCCAGACCAACCUGGUGCCCUACCCGCGCAUCCACUUCCCGCUCACCACCUACGCGCCCAUCGUCUCGGCAGAGAAGGCCUACCACGAGCAGCUCUCCGUGCCGGAGAUCACCAACGCCUGCUUCGAGUUCUCCAACCAGAUGGUGAAGUGCGACCCGCGCCGCGGCAAGUACAUGGCGUGCUGCCUGCUGUACCGCGGCGACGUCGUGCCCAAGGACGUCAACGCCGCCAUCGCCGCCAUCAAGACGCGCCGCUCCAUCCAGUUCGUGGACUGGUGUCCUACUGGUUUCAAGGUGGGCAUCAACUACCAGCCGCCCACCGUGGUGCCAGGGGGAGACCUGGCCAAGGUGCAGAGGGCGGUGUGCAUGCUCAGCAACACCACGGCCAUCGCCGAGGCCUGGGCACGCCUGGACCACAAGUUUGACCUGAUGUACGCCAAGAGGGCCUUCGUGCACUGGUACGUGGGGGAGGGCAUGGAGGAGGGGGAGUUCUCCGAGGCCAGGGAGGACCUGGCGGCCUUGGAGAAGGAUUACGAGGAGGUCGGGAGGGACUCGGCGGACGGAGAGGAGGAGGAGGGCGAUGAGGAUGAGUAUUGACCUCGGCUGGAACCCAAACUUCUGUCCCCGAUUCCUGAGGGGCGGCCUGGACCUCGAUGGUGUUUGAUGUAUUAAACCUCCCCUGCUUGCAUAGUUUGGGCUGGCAGAGCUCCUCUGUAGCCUGGGUGUCCUGAGCUUUACCCCACUGCUGUUUCUUGAUGAGUGACGCUGGGUCGGGCCUGACUUAGGCCUGACACCCCGCCUAAGCCAGGAGAUCCCGGUCCCUGACCCAGGGAAUGUUGCAAGCUGCCUGCUUUGGCUGGAAUGGCAAACUCCCGCUCUGGCUUUUUUUGUGUAAGAGCACUUUUGGGAUUAGAAACGCACCUGUAAACUCCUACGCAAAUGGCUUUUUGUAUAUGAAUAAAGAGGGGUUUUUUGGUUGGCUCGGAAUUCCUUGGAUUUGCCCCGGGUG